AUGGAGGCCACAGUGAAACCAGGGAGCAGGACCCGGUGGAGGCAAGUACUCUUUCCGUUCUUGCUGCCUUUGUUCUGCACGGGGCUUUCGGAGCAAAUCCGAUAUUCUAUUCCCGAAGAAAUGGCCAUGGGCUCGGUUGUGGGAAACCUCGCUGUGGAUCUGGGGCUGCCUGUUCGGGAUUUACGGACUCGAAACCUCAGAGUUAUCGCAGAGAAACCGUACCUUACUGUGAACCCUGAGAACGGGAACAUAGUUGUGAGCGACAGAAUAGAUCGAGAAUUACUGUGCUUCCAAAGCUCCCUGUGUGUCCUGCCCUUAGAGAUUGUGGCAGAAAACCCCCUAAACGUCUUUCACAUCAGCGUGGUGAUAGAAGACAUAAAUGAUAAUCCUCCCCACUUCCUCCAAAAGAGUAUUGUUUUACAAAUCAAUGAACUUGCAAUUCCAGGCACUAGGUUUGGCCUGGAAUCUGCCAUAGACGAAGAUGUAGGACGGCACUCCCUCCAGAGUUACCAGCUCAGUAAGAAUGAGCAUUUCUCUCUGGUGGUGAAGGACAAGGCUGAAGGCAAGGAUGCACCAGAAUUAGUGUUAGAGAAGCCUUUAGACAGGGAAAAGCAGAGCUCCCAGCUCUUGGUCCUGACCGCGGUGGAUGGGGGAGAACCAGUACUAACUGGCACUGCUCAAAUUCAAAUCGUGGUCACUGAUGCUAAUGAUAAUCCCCCAGUGUUCAGCCAAGACUCCUACAAAGUCAGUCUUAGAGAGAACGUGCCCUCAGGCACUUCUGUGGUAAAGGUGGUGGCCACCGACCAGGACGAGGGUGUCAAUGCAGAGGUCACCUACUUCUUCAAAUCAGUAGGAGAUGAUAUUAGAAAUAAGUUUAUCCUAGAUUACCAAAAUGGAGAAAUUAAAUCUGAAGGCCCUAUAGACUUUGAAACCAAGAGAACUUAUACCAUGAGCAUAGAGGCCAAGGACGGUGGAGGUAUGGCCACAGAAUGUAAAGUUAUUAUAGAAAUUCUCGAUGAAAACGACAAUGCCCCGGAAGCAGUUUUUACUUCGGUGUCCAAUUCUAUAACCGAAAAUGCAGAACCUGGGACAGUGGUGGCUCUGUUCAAAACAUAUGAUAAAGAUUCAGAAGAAAAUGGAAGGAUGACGUGCUUCAUAAAAGAAACGGUUCCUUUUAGAAUUGAAUCUUCUGCCAGUAAUUACUAUAAGCUUGUAACUGAUGGGGUUCUGGACCGGGAGCAGACUUCAGUGUACAAUGUCACCAUCGUCGCCACUGAUAGAGGCAAGCCACCCCUCUCCUCCAGCACAAGCGUCACGCUGCACGUUGGGGACAUCAAUGACAACGCUCCAGUUUUCCACCAGGCCUCCUACUUGAUCCAAGUGGCUGAAAAUAACCCGCCUGGUGCUUCCAUUGCACAAGUAAGCGCCUCCGACCCGGAUUUGGGGCCCAAUGGCCAUGUUUCCUACUCUAUCAUAGCCAGCGACCUGGAACCUAAAUCGCUAUGGUCCUACAUAUCCGUGAACCAGGACAGCGGGGUAGUUUUCGCACAGCGCGCCUUCGACCAUGAGCAGCUGCGCUCCUUCCAACUGACAUUGCAGGCGCACGACCAGGGCUCGCCCGCGCUCAGCGCCAACGUGAGCAUGCGCGUGCUGGUGGGCGACCGCAACGACAACGCGCCGCGUGUGCUGUAUCCCACGCUCGAGCCUGAUGGCUCUGCGCUCUUCAAUAUGGUACCACGCGCCGCCGAGCCCGGAUACCUGGUCACCAAAGUAGUGGCGGUGGACGCAGACUCCGGACAUAACGCCUGGUUGUCGUAUCACGUGCUGCAGGCCAGUGAUCCGGGACUCUUCAGCCUCGGGCUGCGCACUGGCGAGGUCCGCACAGCGCGUGCCUUGGGUGACAGAGAUGCAGCUCGGCAGCGCCUUCUGGUAGCUGUGCGUGAUGCUGGGCAGCCACCGCUCUCGGCUACAGCCACGCUGCACCUGAUCUUCGCUGACAGCCUACAGGAGGUCCUGCCAGACCUCAGCGAUGACCCUCUGCCAUCGGACCCCCAGAGUGAGCUUCAGUUUUACCUGGUGGUGGCCUUGACCUUGGUCUCAGUACUCUUUCUUUUCGUUGUGAUUCUCGCCAUGGUCCUUCGUCUUCGACAGUCCCACAGUCUUGCAGCCUCAGACUGCUUUCAGUCUGGCCUCUGUUGUAAGACUAGACCAGGGGUUUCUCUCAACUACAGUGAGGGGACUCUGCCUUAUUCCUACAAUCUCUAUGUUGCCUCCAAUAGUCAAAAAACAUCUCAUUUUCUUACCUUAACGCCAGAAAUGAUCCCUCCGCAAGAUCUUUCAAUGCAAGCUUCUGUGGAAGUGAGUGCCACUGAGGAGAACAAGACAGUCUCUGAUUCUCUCGCUUCUACCCACGGAGGAAAAAGCAGCGAAGCCCUGCUCGCUGACUUUGCAGGCGCCUAA